AUGGCAGACCAUUUGGUCCCGAACGUAUGUCCGACUUGCUCCAAGUCAUACAAACGACCCGAGCAUCUGCGUCGCCACCAACUCUCGCACGGCAGUGAACGGCCCUACGUGUGUGUUCUCUGUCGCAGCACCUUCCAGCGCUCCGAUGUGCUCAAGAGGCACCUCAAGACCUGCGAUACUACAGCUGAUACCGCAUCUGAGUCGUCAGAGCCCCACCCCAAGAGAGUGGCGCUGUCUCAAUCCUCCCCGGUGGAAGACGCCGUGCUCUCGUUCCCAUGCCCGCCAGCCGCGCAGUCCCAGCUUCUUGUCGAUAAAGACCGAGAAACAUCCCCUGUUGACGUCCCCGCUGACUCUUUCGAACAUAUAGCUGGAUGGAUCUCCUGUGGCCUGUCGCCGAACCACGGAUUCGAUGACCGAUCCGACAUCUGGCAGGAUUUUUUGAACUUCAACUCUGGGACGCAGACUCCCCGCGCAGGCCUCGAGGGGCCGGAAGAAGACAUUGGCUCUUUGUGCUUUCUGGAUACCUUCACGAGCACGACAGGUUUCGUGUCUUCGUUCGACUGUGGGACACUCGAGCAACGUCGGCGGGUCAACGCCUACUUUUCUGAUGCGACAAAGCUGGCUAGUUUGGAGAGGUCCUCGACGGUACAGGCUGCAUCGGCAGACCCCUCCGGCUUGUAUAUGGAUGAUUCAAGCUGUUAUGAAACUGAUGAGGAACACCCCGCUGGGACCACCUUGAGUCGCUGGCUGUCCGACCCGCUGUCUUUCAAGUGUCAUGAAAUAGUCACCUCCAUCCGAAACAUUGUGCUGCACAAGUCGAGGAAGAGCUACAUUACACUCUCUUGGUCUCCCACCAUACAUGAGACGUGCGCCCAGUUCUUCUCCCCAGCAAACGUCCGGCGGUUUGUGCAGUUAUAUUGGGCGGUCUGGCAUCCCAAUGUGAACAUUGUCCACAAGUCGACGUUCGACCUGACCCAUUCCAAAGCCGAGGUUCUGGCCGCCAUGUCUCUGAUUGGAGCUUGCGUCUCUCCCGACCCGGCUGACCUUGAGAACGCGAAGAGGUGGUUCAACUGUGUCGAAGAAAUGGUAUUCGACGAUGAGGACUUCUGCGACGACCCGCCGAACGUCCUUCCCCACGGAGCGGGUGACGUGCGGUGGCGUCGGCGAAAGAUCAGGGCUCUCCAGGCCUCGUACAUGGUCUGUCUCUUCCAGAACUGGGAGGGCACGACUUCCAGCAAGCGGCGGAUUCGGCGGCAACGCUUCAGCAUGGUCAUCGCGGCGGCGAGGGACGUUGGAAUUCACAACGCCCGGCACCCCGAUUACUGUCAGAUGAACCUUUGCGACUUUUCGUUCGACGCUUUCGCGGUCAUUGAGGAGUUGAUCCGAGUGCUAUUGUGGGUUUUUCUUCUCGACACGGCGUUCGUCAUCUUCAACAACUUGCCACCACGAAUGGUCAUCCGGGAGAUGAGGAUGAACGCCGCUUGCUCCGAAGCCUGUUUUCAGGCCACGACGGCUGAAGAAUGCUUCAAGACUCUACAGCAUCAGCAACAAGCCGACUUGGGCCUGGGGCCAAAGGUGGCAGACGACUUCACCUCCGCCUUCGAGCUGCUCUACCGCACAGAUUUGGACGAGAGUCUCAGCGUGGCGCUGGCUGACCUUGGUCCUCUCAACCUCUUCGCCAUGACGUCGGCGCUGCACUCUUUGAUCUUCCACCACCAGAGCUCUUUCAGCUGCCAGGGCUCGCUCGACCCGAUCCACAGCGCUCUGCAGUCCUGGAGGAAAGUGUGGCACGUUUAUCUCGGCCGGUUUUCGCGGGACUCACGCCAUUCGACCGUCAAGUGCGACAUUGACCAUCUCGCGCCCGACGACAUGUGGAGACGCGUGGGCUUCAUGCGCCACGCACACGAAUACUGGUACCUCGCCAAUCUCAUGGUAGAGCGUCUCUCCGCGCCGCCACCCGCAGAGGCCGCCGAGACGGCCGUGGAGACUUCGAAACAGGCACAGAGUCCCUUGAGUGCGUCAGGCAACGAGACCAUCAGCCCUCUCCUCGACAAGUACGACGAGACCAGCAUGCAACAAGUGAACACCCUGAUCUCGGACUUUCAGAUGUUUCGGAUUCAUUAG